AUGGCCGGGGAAAUGUCCAAGGAAGUGGUGAGCACGUGCAUUGGAGCACUAAAACGGAUUGAGCAGAAGGGUGAAAACAAACGUGAGGAAGAUGCUCUCCGGCAGCUCACAGAAUGGCUCUCAAAGAUGAAAUUCGAAGAUGGGAAGUCUGUUGGUGAAGACAACCCCAAACUCGACCCUCUGGCUGGAGAGUAUCUUCUUCAGUUUUGGGAUAGUUUCAGCUUGAGGAACAUUGAGGUGAUAAGAGGGAAGAACUGGACAGAAGCAGGCAGUGAAUCCAUGCACGCAAGAAGGCACAGCAGCUUAUCUGGAGAUUCCGGCUCACUGCUGCUUCCGGCUGAGUUGGCAAAGCUGCAGUCCUGGGAGGAUUUUGAUGUCUUCAAAGUGGAGACGCUGACAAACGGGAAGCCACUGGAGACUGUGGCAAUGGCAAUAUUGGAAGAGUUUGAGCUGGUCACCAAGCUAAACCUUGAUACUGCGAAACUGACAAAAUUCUUUAAGGCUGUUGAGGAGCACUAUCUUGACAAUCCUUACCACAAUAAAACUCAUGCUGCAGACGUGGUGCAGGCUUUGGGCGUCAUUUUGGCACGAGACAAUCUGAAGUCGCGAUUCACAGACCUUGAACUGCUUGCCAUGCUACUGGCAGCUGUUGUUCAUGAUGUUGCCCACCCAGGUGUUACAAAUGAAUUUCACAUCAACACACGGUCGCCUGUGGCGAUCAUGUACAACGAUGUGAGCGUGAACGAAAACUUCCAUGCUUCAAAGGCCUUCAAGUUGAUGCAAGGAAACGACUACCAUGCACUUGACGGACUGAGUGAAGAUGACUUCCGGUUUGUGAGAAAGUCGAUGAUCAGGAUGGUGCUGGCUACUGACAUGAUCAAGCAUAAUGAGCUCCUUGCAAGAUUCUCCCGAUUCUUCACACUAUACGACAAGGAUCUAGACAAAUGGGAAUCGGACGAUGCACGGUCAGCUCUCCGCCAGAUGUUGCUUCACUGCGCUGACAUCUCAAAUCCUGCGCGGCCAUGGAAGCUUGCUUCACAAUGGUCCCAUCGAAUAAUGGAAGAGCUCUUUGCACAAGGAGACAAAGAGGCGAGCCUUGGAGUGGCAUGCUCCCCGCUGUGCCGUCGCGACCAUGUUCAAAUACCCAAGAGUCAAGCCACGUUCCUGGAGUUUGUUGCGAAACCCAGCCUUGAGCUGUUAUCGCAACUAGCACCAAAAUUUGGCGAAACGGCCCUGCACCAUGUGGCAGUGAAUCUUGCGGAAUGGGAAGCCAGAAUGAAGGAAGAUGGGGCAAAACCGACAGGUGCAGCUCGCCCGUCUCCUGACCUGAAGGGCACUGGGCUAAAUAGAGCAUCUCAGCGCUGA